GCCAAUCCCUUAAAGCGGCCCGCGCAGAGCGUUCGCGAGUGGCGUCGCGUCGAGACCGGCCUGGAGGUGGCCGAGGCCGAGGCCGCCGAGGCCGAGGCCGCGGUGCCUGGAGGAUUUCUGCCGGGACAAGUGGCACGCCCUGCUCAGUUGGUCCGGCAGCACAAGGUGGAGUCCCAGCGUGCCAAACUCCCGAUGGUGGAGCUUGAAGUGGAGGACUUGACCGAGCCCGAACUGGAGCAAGUAACCCCGGUGCCCACACGCCCGGCCUCGGCGUUGACGAUGAGGCAGGAUUCGGCUGGGUCCUGA